AUGCAUUUCCUUACGCCUGUAUUCAUGCUGGCGUACACCUUAUUGCUUAAUGUUUCCUGUCUCUAUGGUUGGUUUUUUGAAAAAUACGAAGACGAAUGUCCAGAUCGGGAUGGCGCUCAUCAGUAUUACUUUGGAACAACAAAUCUUUUUUGCCUCUUACAACAUCGCCUAGGAAGACGAAGUGUACCCUCAAGACGGACUUUUAUACCCACCCACCGAUUCAUCGAAUACAGGGGAUACUAUUAUGAUUUCCAAAUGAAUUCGAAAGUAUCGAUCGCUAAGAGUCGGUUAAGUGGAGAUGAAUGCUCUGGGGCAAAGGAGGAAUCCCCGGCGGGGCACAGUGAACUAAGCACCGACUGUAUCGAGGGUUGUGCCAAAAAUUACAGAUGUCAUUUCGGUAACUACAGUCUACUGCUAAACAACUGUCACCAUUUUGCUAACCGCUUGUCAAAGGUUCUGUGUAGAAGAGGUACCACGUGUCCUGAGUGGUGCACAGGAAGCUGUGACGAUGUGGAAUACUAUUAA